CUGUUAUGUGAUUAUACGUCAUUGUGGUGUAAAAAAAUAUGACACGAUGACUUUUUUUUAAAUAGUAAAAUAUUAAUACUCAUAGCUCGUAAUUAUUAAUUAUUUUUCUUACAAUAAUUACAGACUUGAAACAAAAAAAAAAAAUUUUAAUACUAAUGGACAUUUAAGUUCCUCGAUUGAUGCUGCUUGAACCAGGGUUUUUUUUAUAUUGCAGUAAAAUAUAUAUGUGCGAUUGAUUUUAAAAAUACAGUUGAUUCCAACAUGACUUUAAAUACAGAUGUUUACGAUGAUUUAUUUUUAUAUACGACCAAUGAAAAAUUUUAUGUUGAAGCUGUCACUGCAAAAGUAUUAUUAAUUAUUGAUCGAGUGAAUCAGCAUAUAUUUACUCAAGUGGGUACAGCAAAUCAAAUUCCGCAGACAGCUAGUAGACGAAAAAUAUGGGGUAUUGUAGGAACAAUAAAAUUACUAUCGUCCCGAUAUUUAAUAAUAAUCACUGAUGCCAAAAGAAUUGGAACUAUAGCAGGGCAACAGAUAUUCCAAAUAAAUGCAACGGAUAUAAUUCCGUAUUCAAAAUCAGAUUUGCAUUUGACUGAUAAGCAGAUUGAAAAUAACACGACUUAUUUAGAGAUGAUUAAAUCUGUUUUAAACACUCCAUAUUUUUACUUUAGUUACACUUAUGAUAUUAGUCAUACGAUGCAAAGAUUACAUAAUACGACGCCAGAAUUUCUUCAGAUGCCACUACAUGAUCGAGCUGAUUCUCGUUUCAUAUGGAAUGCGUAUUUACUACAAGAGUUAUCAUCUAGAUCAGAACAUUCAAAGUUUUGUUUACCAAUUAUACAUGGAUUUAUUUCUUUGAAUACUGUUGUCAUAAACGGUAUCCCAUUCAAUUGGGGAAUAGUAUCACGACGUAGCGUCCAUCGUGCGGGAACAAGAUUAUUUUCCCGUGGAAUAGACACUAAUGGUAAUGUUUCAAAUUACGUUGAAACUGAACAAUUAAUUGAAGUUAAUGGAGACCGUAGUUCUUUUGUUCAAAUAAGAGGAUCAAUACCAUUAUUUUGGCAACAAGAGCCGAACCUUAAAUAUAAACCUAAGCCGCAAUUAUCUAAUCAUGAAAAUCAUCAGAUCGCUUCUUCUAGACAUUUAGAUGCACAAAUAUUUCACUAUGGCAAACAAAUAUUAGUUAACUUGAUUGAUCAUCGUGGCGCGGAAAAUGUUUUGGAAAAAGAAUUUCGUUCAGUUGUGUCAAGAAUUGGCAACCAAAAUGUACGAUAUGAAGCAUUCGAUUUUCACGCCGAGUGCAGACACAUGCGGUGGGACCGUUUAAAUAUUUUAAUGGAUAGAUUAUCUCACGAUCAAGAACAAAUGGGAUAUUUUUUGUUAUCAAGAGACGGGUCAUUACUUUCUGUACAAGAAGGAGUCUUUCGUACAAAUUGUAUCGAUUGUUUAGACCGUACAAAUGUUGUUCAAAGUAUGUUAGCCAAACGAGCACUUGUAGAUGCUUUAAAUAAACUUGGUAUUCUUAGAAGGAUUGAAGAACAUCCGUCCUUUGAAAAAUUAUUUAAAGAAGUUUGGGCUGAUAAUGCUGAUGUUAUAAGUAUUCAAUAUUCUGGUACUGGUGCAUUAAAAACAGAUUUUACGCGCACUGGUAAACGAACUCGAAUGGGAGCGUUGAGAGAUGGUAUAAACAGUUUAACAAGAUAUUACAAAAAUAAUUUCGCUGAUGGUUUCCGUCAGGACGCAUUAAAUUUAUUUUUGGGUCGAUACGUUGUACAAGAUGGCGAAUGUAUGCAACUAAAAUGCCCGCUAGAUUAUGAACGUAACUGGAGAUAUGCAACAUUCCCAUUAGUACUUUUGGUUGCAUCUUCAAUGUUAAUUGCACAUAUUAUACUUCCGUCAAAAUAUUCAACUGAAGUACUACUUUAUAUGCUUUUUUGGGGUGCAAUGGUUGCUGGUACAUUUGCAACAAUAAUUCAUCAUGGCCGACAAUAUGUCGACAAACCAAAAUUAUUAUAGUUUAUAUAUAAUUGCAUUUAAUUUUAUUUGCGAUAGUAAUAGUUCGUAAAUAAUUAACUUGUUGUCGACUUGACGAGUGUUAAUAACAGUAAAUAAAAUUUUUUUAUAAUUAUUAAGAAGAUAAAUGUAUGUAAAUUAGAUAAUACUUGUGGGAAAAAUAUAUAAAGUCCAUCUACUAAAACUUUAA